AAUUAACUCUUAUAGCAUGGUUGAUGCUGCCACUAAGAAGACUCUCGCUGCUAUACCUUUACUGAAAACGAAGGCGGGUCCAAGAGAUAAGGAAGAAUGGCCAGUUAGGCUGAAGGAAGAGGUCACAAGUCUCAUAAAGUAUAUCCAUAACAACAAAGAAGCUGAUAAUGAUUGGUUAAGAAUUCAAAGCAACAAAGAAGGCACGAGAUGGUUUGGCAAAUGUUGGUAUAUUCAGGACUACAAGAAGUAUGAGUUCGAGCUUGAAUUUGAUAUUCCUGUUACAUAUCCCAGCACCGCUCCAGAGAUAGCCAUACCAGAACUGGACGGUAAAACUGCUAAAAUGUACAGAGGGGGAAAGAUUUGUCUGACCGAACAUUUUAAACCGCUGUGGUCCAGGAAUGCCCCUAAGUUCGGAGUCGCUCAUGCUCUCGCUUUAGGAUUAGGACCGUGGAUGGCGGUUGAAAUUCCAGACCUUAUUAAACGCGGAGUUGUGGUGCACAAAGACGAUCAGCCUAGCGGGGAAUAACCUAGGGCACUUAAAUUAUCACAUUAAACUCUCAACUGUUGUAAUUUAUCCCAUGUUUUGUGUUAUUUUGAUUCUUAUCUUAGGUUUUCUCCCUCGUAAUGUUAAAAUUUGAAUUUGGUUAAGAUUUCAUUUUAAAGUUAUAGCACAGAUAUUUGGUUUUAUGUUAUUUAAAGGAUUUUAAUCUUGAGUCUAAGUUUUCUCAUUCUUAUUGUUAAAAGUUAAAUUUGGUUGAGGUUUCAUUAAGUUAUACUACAGAUAUUUGGUUUAAAACUUUGAAAUGCGUACUGAAUAGCAAACGAAAUGUGAAAUGACUCAAAAGCUUGAAAUUUCAAAUAAAAUUGAACUUAACAAUGAAAUGUUCAAAACAGUCAGUUCCACUAUGGAACAAUGAUUAAUUUCAUGCUGAAUGGUAAUAGUGUAAGGGUUUAGUUAAAACAUAAUUUAUGAUUAAAUUAACAAACUAAUGCUGGUGUUAAUAUAUGAUAAAUAAUAAUUGAAUGAUGUAUUGAUGACAUAAAACUGCAAUUUUCAACCAAGCAUA